UCAGCCAUCAUGUCAGCAAGCAGCAGCCUACAAAAGAAACCAUGGCCAACUGAUUUCAUUAUUCCACGGUUCUCUGUUGAAACCGAAAUGAUUCUUGAAAGAGCAAAUGAAGUUUAUAGAAAAGAGGGCACACUGCUGACUAUGCCAAACAUCAAGUCCGAUAUACUUGAAAAGCUAGCUCAGUCCAUUUAUACAUACACUCCCUAUCCAUCACUCCAGAAUCGUCUUUCUGUCGCUGAAGCGCUUAUCAAGGCACACCCAUGUCUCAAGGAUCCAGGCAGCUCUUCAGGCGUCAUUGGUUGGCAGAAUAGUAUUAAAUACAAGAUGGCUAACUACAGAACCAAGUUAAGAGGCUUUGGUAUUCCAGAUGUUACAUGCAAUGCUCUAAAACAUAAAUGCCCUGCUGACAGGAAGUCUGCAAAAAAUGUAAAAAAGGCAAAAAGGGCAGAGGUCAAUUAUCUGCCACCCUACCCAGCUGGUGAAAAUGAGCAGAGCUUGGAGAAAGUAAGGGAAGAGCUGGUCACAGAGUCAAAAAAGAAGAACAACGAAAAUGUAGUCAAAGAUCAAAUGAGCAAAACAUUUGCCCUCAGACGACAUGAAAUCAUCAAUCUGUGUCCAACUGUUCGAGCCAUGAAGGACCGCUGGCCUGCCCUGUUUGACCCUUCUCAAAUCAAUGCAGAAUUUCAAAGAACAACCACUGUACUUCUGGAACCGGAAUUUAUGUCUGCGUUAGACCGUCACACUCCCAAGCUACUGAUGCUAUUUCGUGCCAAAGGUGGAGCACUUGGAAGAAGACUGGAGAUCAUAAUGGAACUGCUGCAGGACUCGGUGCACUCUUCGAUUGAGAGGACCAGAGAGGUUGUUCUCCGGUGUCUUAUAGAAUACCUUGGAGAACAAGUGGGACAUCUCAUCAAAGAAUUCAACGACACUGAGAACUUGGAGGAACUUGAACAGCUCAUAAUGGCCAUUACUGUGACCCCAAAGCCUGGAGCUUCUACAAGCAACAGCCCAAAGAACAUUGGGAUCGUCAUAGAGGGCGUGGAAGUCAUCACAGGACUUGGAGAUAUUGCAAGGGCUUGCUCUGUCCUCCUUGGCUUGACCUACGCGCUGAAUCUUGAUUAUCCCACACAGCUAAAGUACACCUUUGAGGUCUUCCAAAAACUUUUCUUGGAACUGGAUGAUUCAAAGCUUUCAAGUAAAGUCCAGUCUCUCAAGAGCAAACUUGAGGCUUGAAAUGAGACUGUAUUGCCGUGCAGACUUUUGUGCUACAC